AUGUUUUCAAAAGGGUACAGGGUGCUGCACCGGCCGUAUCAACACGUGGCAUUCGCAAAGCGCAGCACUGCGGGUGGUGUCAAUCUCAACAAAGGGGCACUAACAAAGCAGGAGAGAGGUGACCGCUUUACAGAGCCUGAGGUGUACCGCAGCAAGGCAAAUGUGACGGCGAUGCUAAAGACAAGGCGAAAAGAGCGACGCCUUAUACUGGAGGAGCGGCAGCGCACCUUGAUGGAGAACCUGAACCUGGAUGCACGUACAGUGGAGGCGCUUCAUGCAGGGAGUCGGUUGCCACAGACACCGAGCGAGAUGCAAGCGGUUCGCUCCUCCGACGAUGCCAUUGCCGAGGUCCGUCACGACAGCGAGGACUACAGUACGACCAUGCGCAAUUUGAUGCGGCGCGAGGUGGAUCGACGCGAUCACAUGCUGGACAAGUUUGGCCAGCCACCCACGUCGCGCGAAUUUUACCAGCUCUUUCGCAGACUGCGCGCCGCUGACUCAGACGAGGAGGUGGUGGAGCGGCACCACAGAAGACUAGUGGAAGAGCAUGGCGUGUACCCAAGUUCGCGCAUCGACUCGUUCAUGCUGGAUGAUGACAGCUACUUCCCCGACUGGGUGCACGCCCUCCCUUACAGCAUCCGUGACCGUGUCAAGUUCGGAUCGCUUGGUCUCACGGAGGAGGAUGAGGCGCUGCGUGUGCGUCUGGCACGACUACCGCGCGAUGCACGGCUGCGCGAGUGGAAACGGCUGAAGGCGGCAAAAGAGUACCGUGCAGCUAAUGAAGAGACGCUCACCUUGGCCGAACUGCGUGACAUCCGCCAGGGAAAGCGCCGCUUCCAUUGGCUGCAGCGGAAGCGCCAGAAGCGUGCCUCGGCACUCCGCCGUAUGGCGAUGCGUAAACCUGACGAGUACGAGCUGUGGCCGUCCUCCGUGACGGACUUUAGUCAGCGCAUCGCCUUCAUCGCGCAGCAUGUGGAAAAUGGACUGCAGACUGGGGGCGAGUGGCCCCUCAAUGAGGACGCUCUUACCAAGGCGAAAAUUAAGCGACGGCAGAACGAGGCCGAGCGCACUUUCCUCAUGUCGCCAGGCGAAAAGAGGAUGAUGACCGGCGCGGCACGAGGCAGCAUGCACGGUGGGAUGAGUGAGUUGUUGGCUGCCCUGGAGCAGCCAGAGAAGCGGUACAAAAAACUCUCUCGCAAGACGUAUGCAAACCGAGUAAACGCAAUUGUGCACGGCGACCAAGAUGAGCACGGCCGUAAGUACCGCAGGUUGUACAAGCUUGCCACUCGACGGCAGCAUCAGUACGAUUCGCUUGCAGAGAUGGCGCUGGAGAAGGAGGUGCGCAAGGAGCCCCUCGUCAACGUGAGCGGGCUCAACCACACAGACGACGAGCACUGGACUCGCCACGAGAAAUCGUGGGUAGACGGCAUGCCCUCAACUCGCUACGGUAGCUGA